GAAAUUUCUCCAAAUCCGACUGUUUAGGGUUUGCAAUCACCGUCACAGUCGUCCACUUCAAUGUCAUCUGUGAAAGCUGAUUUGGGUGUGGAUGCACUGAAGUGCAAAUGCGGCCUUCGAUCUCCAUUAAGAACCUCUUGGACAACUGCAAAUCCUGGGAGGCGCUUCUUUGGGUGUUCCAUAUAUGAUGCACAGAAGAAAGCCGGGCAAUGCUGUUUUUUCGUUUGGUUUGACAAAGAGACAUGUCCCCGGGGAAAGGAAGUGCUACCUCAAUUACGUAAUGAAUUGAAUUGUUUGAAGGAAGAGGUUAUACAACUUAGAGCACGAAAGAGGCAGCUUACUCAAAUGUUGCUAUUUUUGACAGUUGUGUUUAUUGCUUUUGUAGGAGUAUGGUUGAUGGGGUGCUUGUAAUGUUUUUAUCUUUUUGUAAUGGUAGUGUGUUUGUGAAGGAAGUAUUUGUAAUGGUACAUUCGGCUUUGGCAUUUUUGGAUGGUUGAUGGAGUGAAUUUAACACUCCCAUUUUGUGACUUUGGAUCAUUGUAUGUAUGGUACUCCCAUU